CCUCUCGGGGGGCGGGACUUGUGACGCACAUUGACGACGCCGGAAGUGCUGGCUGGGCAGCAUGGGAAAGCAAAAGAAGGCGCGGAAGUAUGCGGUGAUGAAGCGCAUGAUCAGCCUGCGUGACCAGCGCAUAAAUGAGAAAGAACGGGCCAAGGCCGCCGCCAAAAAGAAGAAGGAGGAUCCGAGCGCCAUCAAGGAGCGGGAGGUCCCCCAGCAUCCCUCGUGUUUGUUCUUCCAGUACAACACGCAGCUGGGGCCUCCUUACCACAUCUUAGUGGAUACCAACUUCAUCAACUUCUCCAUCAAGGCUAAGCUGGACCUUGUGCAGUCUAUGAUGGACUGCCUCUAUGCCAAGUGCAUUCCAUGUAUCACAGAUUGUGUAAUGGCUGAAAUUGAGAAGUUAGGACAGAGGUAUCGCGUGGCAUUAAGAAUUGCCAAGGACCCUCGGUUUGAACGUUUGCCGUGUAUGCACAAAGGAACCUAUGCAGAUGACUGUUUGGUACAGAGAGUCACUCAGCACAAAUGUUAUAUUGUAGCCACAGUGGAUAAAGAGCUCAAGCGGAGAAUACGAAAGAUUCCAGGAGUGCCCAUAAUGUAUAUUUCCAGGCACAGAUACAAUAUUGAGAGGAUGCCAGAUGAUUAUGGAGCUCCUCGGUUCUAACUUGUCCAGCCAAGCCAUGAAUGCCAAGGCCCUGAGCCAGCAUAAAGCUCCUUCUUGUUCCAAGCCCUCCUGCUUUCCUCUUUGCUGGAACUCUGUUUGUAGGAUAUCAGACUGACUUCAUAGCCUUGAUCUCCUAGGAAAAACAACAACUUUGUGAAAGAGUCUGUUUUACUCAUCUUUUUUCUGACUGCACCUGAUAAUCCAUAGCUUGGAGAAGGAUAUCAGAAGAAGAGAACUCUAUGUUCAAGAAUGUGCCAGACUCCCUCUUUGUUCUCACAUGGUGAUGGGUUUCACCAUUCCGAAUUAACUACUGGUGAUAUUCCAACUAUGACUGAGAGUGGGACCACAGAGGUAUUAGAAGGUUCUUAUCUCUGCAUCUGCAGCAGGAUGAGUAUUCCUUUGGUGAACUCCUUUGCAUCUACUCCAAAAAGAAAUUGGAAUCUGAAUGCUGGGGGAAAGCCAUCAAGUCUGCAUCAAUAGACUGCCUUCUCUGGAGCCAUGGUCUGGUAGAUUUUAAUUGAGAAUCAAUGGGCUUUUAUUCAACUGUAUCUCAAUACAGUGAAUGAAAACAA